AUGGCGGCGGCGGCCUGCUGCUUCCGUGCCACGUUCACCCGCGACGGCCACAAGAAGCCCAAGAACCGCAAGUGGCUGGACGGCUUUGUCACGCAGGCGGGCAGGGAUGCCAGGCUGCUCAAUGAGGCUGGCGGGGUGGUGGCGCUGGGCCGCCUGGCGGCUGGUCAGGUGCUGGAGGAGGGCUUGGAGCUGAAACAGGGCUUUGGACAGAGCGUGAUUGUGCACGUGGAUGUGGCCUGCGACCCACGAGACAUGAGCGGCGAGGCCAGCAGCGGCGGCGGCCAGCCAGCGGCAGCCCCCGCUGCACCCGCACCCGCGCCGGCGGCCGCCGCCGCCGCCCAGCCGCGGCUCGUGCGCCCGGCGGCUGCAGGGCUGCGCGGCAGCGGCGGCAGCAGGAAGCAUGCGUUCAAGGCGCCAAGGCCAGCUGCGGCGGCAGCUGCAGCGGCUGCAGCAGCACCACUCGAGCCAGCGGCGCCGCGGGCAGCCUUUGACCAGCCACAAGGGGACUGCACGGCGCUGGCCCACCAGCCGGAGCCCCGCCGGCGGCAGUUCACGGCACCGGCCCGAAUGCCAGCCAUGCCUCAUCCCGUACACACGCUACCGGCGGCGCCUGCAGCAGCGGCCCUGCGGUCGGACGAGGACAUCCUGCGCCUGCUGACCGGGGAGGCUCCCGUCGCACCCGCGGCAGCGCCAGCGCCGGCAGCCAAGCGGCAGCGGAUCCAGCCCUCUGCUGCUGUCGGCGGUGGCAGCAGCGGCACCCCUGCUGCCCCAAUGGGAGCGCCUCUAGUGGUGUCGGCUGGGCACGCUGCGCCGCCGCCUGCGGCUGCCCGGCCCGCGGCGCGGUGGAGCAGCUUCGUGCAAGACGAGGAGGAGGAUGGGAUGGGCUGCGGGGCGGCACUCGAGGCGGGCGUCCACGACGCCGAGGCAACACCGGCACCAGCCGCGGCAGCCGCCUGCGGCCCGGGACCGGCAGCUGCCCGGCAGCACCUGUGGCAGCGGCAGCUCCCAGCCCCCAUGUCGGCAGCGCCUGCACAGCAGGGCGGCAGGCAGCAGCGCCCGAUCUGGCAGCGUGCGGGGCAGGCCGCGGUGGGAGCGGCGCAGGCGCCAGUGGGAGGACCUGAGGAGGGUGAGCUUGGCAGGUCGCCUAGCGGCUCCCUGCCAGCCGCAGCGGCAGCAGCUGCAGCAGGUAGCUUCCGCCCCAUUGUGCGGCCGCCCCACGCCCAGCCCGGCCAGCCGCCGCUGCGCCCGGCCUGGCAGGCGCACGCGGUACCGGCCGCGCAACAGCGGCAGCAGGUGCAGGGCGGCUGCCCGGCAGCGGCCCAAGCAGCCGGUGGCGGCGGGGGCUGGAAGCCUCCGGCUGCCAUCGCCCCUGGAGCCGCUGGCCGGCGGCUGGCGGUGCAGGCAGCGGCGCGGGCGGCGCCGGCACCCGCCGCCGCCGGCUGGAACCGGGAGGUGGAUGGCACGGUGCAGCUGGGCUGGCCCGGCGCCGAGGAAAGCGCCCGGCCGGCACGCCGGGUGGCCGUGCCCGACGGCUUUGCCGGCUGCCAGCAGUAUGUGCUGGCCUGGAGCAACGCGCUGAGGGAGGAGCUCAACUUGCGGUGGGUGCAGGGCUGGACCGGGGGGUGGGUGCAUGGGAUUGGCGGGCGGGAGGCGCGGCUGCGCCAUCCGCGGGUGCCAUACUACGCCUCAUGCGAGCUCUUCAUCUGGCGCAACAACAUGCCUAAGAAGGGCGGCUGGAACGGCGUUGGGGGCAGGCGCGGCAAGCGCGGCCGCGGCGCGGGGGCAGGCGAGGAGGAGGAGGAGGAGGAUGGGGGCGGAGAGGAGGAAGCUGCCCAGAAGCCAGACAGCAUCUACCUCAUCCUCAAGCGGGACGACCUGUGGAUCAUCAGCAACAACCCCGAGCUGCGGCCCGGCUUCCCUCCCGGCCAGCCGGGCGACCGCAGCCGGGAGCCAUGGGUGGUGGUGGCGCGCAGCCUGUGGCACGCCCCCAACCAGGACGGCAAGUUUGAGAUCGAGUUCCUCUCCCCUCGGCCCCCCGGACUGGGCCGCUCUCAGGCCGUGUAUGCCAUCAAGGCAAGCCGGCCGGGCCCUGAGGCCGCCACCGAGCUCGGCAUGAUCGACCUGCUCCGCUCGGGGGCGGCCGCCACGCUGCCGCUGCUGCCCCACCUGCUGCGCGCCCCAAGCGGUGCGAACAGCGCUGCCACCGCCGGUGCCGGCAGAGCCAGCCGGGCCCCCAUGCAGCGCCCAGGCUCCAGCGCCGCAGCACGCCAGCAGCAGCAGCAGCAGCAGCAGCAGCAGCAGGAGGAGCAGCAGGAGCAGGCCGACAUGCAUGGCCCAGACAUGCCGGACCCAGGCAGCCCCUGCUACAGCUGCUCAGACGACGACGAGGCGCUGGUGGCGGCGGCAGCGGCCACGGAUGGGCUGGCAGAGAGCCCCCUGGCGCAGGCGGAUCAGAUCAUCCAGAGGUUUGGCUUAAACAAGGAGCAGGCAGAGGUGGUCACGUAUGUGGCUGGCUGGGCGGCGGGCAGCGGCGGCGGCGGCAGCGCCCCCGCGCCGGUGUGCCUGGUGCACGGCCCGUUUGGGAGCGGCAAGUCCACCCUGCUGGUGGCCCUGCUGCACUUCCUGCUGCAGCAGCAUGGCCGUGCGGGCUCGCCGCUGGCGGGCGCCCGCGUGCUGGUGUCUGCCCACACCAAUGUGGCUGUGGACAGGGUCCUGGUCGGCCUGCUCGAGUCUGGCUGCUCCGACUUCUUGCGCGUGGGCCCGCUGCGCCGCGUCUCCCGCCGCCUGCUGGCCCAGUCGCUGCACGCCAGCGAGAGCCGCGCCAGCGCCGGCGCCGCCGCCGAGCUGCGAGAGAUGCUGAAGGAGGCUGGCAGCCCGGCGGAGGCGGCGGCCAUCCGCGCUGAGCUGGCGGCGGCGGAGAAGGGCGCCGACCGGCAGCGCAAGCGCCUGCUCAAGACGGUGCCUGUGGUGGGGGUCACCUGUUGCUCCGCCAUGCUGGCUGCACUGGACGGCCAGCGCUUUGAUGUGCUGCUGCUGGAUGAGAGCUCGCAGAUGGUGGAGCCGCUGUCAGCCAUCCCCCUGCUGCGGGCGCAGGCCAGGUUCCUCAUCGCCGCCGGCGACCCGCUGCAGCUGCCGCCCGUCAUCGCCUCGCCCGUCCACGUCACGCAGGCGCCGCCCCAUCGCCCACAGCAGGCGCAGCAGCAGCAGGAGCGGGAGCAGCCCCAGGGCCUGCUGCGCCCACUGUUUGUGCGCCUCUCCGCGCUGGGCCUGCCGCUGUUUCUUCUGCGCCGCCAGUACCGCUGCCACCCAGACAUCUCUGCCGUGCCCAACAACCACUUCUACGGCGGCCGCCUGCUGGACGGUGUCGCCGCGGAGCAGCGGCCCUCGCUGCUGCCGGGGCUGCCCAGCUUGGCCUUCAUGGAUGUGCGGGGGCAGGAGCAGUACAGUGCGGGCCGCAGCGCCAGCAACCAGCUGGAGGCAGAGGCGGUGGUGGCGGCGGUGGAGCGGCUGGUGGCGGCAGGCGUGGCGCUGGGCCAGUGCAGCGUCAUCUGCUUCUUCCGGGCCCAGGUGGCGCUGGUGCGAUCCCUGCUGGACCGCCGCCUGCCGCAGCUGGAGCAGCGGCAGCGCCAGCAGCGGCGGCAGCAGCGGCGCAGCCCGCGGGCGGCGACAGAAGCGCUGCCGCAGGCCUUCGGCGGCGCCAGCUCCAGCCGCGUGGCGGAGGGUCGGGAUUCCUUGGGAGGCGAGGAGCCUGGGCCUGGUAGGCGGGGCGGCAGUGAGGACGCAGAGGGUAGCGGGGGCGACGACGAGCCGGAGCAGCAGCAGCAGGGCAUCCAGAUAGCCACCGGGGCAGAGUGUGAUGUGGUGCUCCUCACCACCGUCGUCACGCGGCCGGGGGCCUUUGCCUCAGAUGCCUGCCGCCUGAACGUGGCCCUGACCCGAGCCAAGCACAACCUGCUCGUCGUGGGAUGCGCCCCCGCGCUGCAGCAGUCCUCCCAGGCGUUGGCCGCGCUGCUGGGCCAGUGCCGGCGCACCCCCGGCGGGUUCCACGCCGGCCGCCUGCCGCCAGGCAUCGGCGCUGGUGCUGGGGUGGCGGCGCAUGCGCCUGGAGCAACGGCAGGGCUGGCCACGGCAUCAGCGGGGGCGGCAGCGGCACGCGCAGCAGAGGAUGGUGGGGACGACGAUGAGGAGGGGUGGGCUGCGCUUCAGGGGACACCGUGA